UACUGAGACUCAAUUUCUUUGCAUUCGUUAAGAAAAUUAAAAAAGAUUGCAAUGUACAUUAAAAGAAAAAACUAUGAUGGUUAGAUUAGUUUUCCAAGUUUAGUUUUACUAUUGGAUAGUUUAUAAGGAGGGUAAAAUCUAGGCUAUAAUAGAAACUAGGCCAAUCUGUGAGGAUAAGAAAAAGUGUUUGAAUGAACUCUGAAAGCAGGUAGGUUCAGCUCCGGGUCCCGGCUCCAGCUUUCAAACCUCACACCGCCAAAACACAAAGAAGAAUUAUGUUGAAAAGAGAUUCGUCCGUGGACCCGGAAACACGUCCUCAACCCUUCUCCGGGUCCCAGUCACCAGUAUGGAUUGUAAACCAAAGACCUGGAUCCUUUAGGGAAAAGUAGUAAAUAUAGUAAAGUUGUGGAAUUGAGAAGGUUGGGAUUGGUUACCUAAACUCCGAGAAAUUGUGAACAAAGAAAUCAAUUCUAGAGAAUAUCUUUCCCUCAGUUUGAGAUGAAAACUCUAGAGAAAUACAUCAGCAAGCAGCUCACCAGACUCAACUAUAGAAACACUGUCCGAUGUAAAGAGGAUAUAAUAAAUGCUCUGAGAUCCUAUAAAUGUUUAGCACCAGGAAUAGAAACCUACGUUUUCCAGGAUGGAGACAGUAUGGUUCUACUGAAUCUGGGUGGAACUAUUCCAGUUCUCUAUAAGGAUGAAAUCUAUAAUAUUCCAGUACGGAUCUGGAUCCUGAGAGAGUAUCCGAACCUUCCGCCUCUCUGCUAUGUUGCUCCAACCAAGGAUAUGGAGAUCAGUGUCUCACCCUUCGUGGAUCAUUCAGGACUGGUUGAGCUCCCAUGUAUCUCGGAGUGGGAUGAGACAAGUACAGAUAUAUCCACCCUACUCCAGAUUGCAAGAAUUACAUUUAGUGAAAACCCUCCUGUGUUCUCUAAACCUAAGCUGUCAAGGAGGAAAAGGACGGAGCCUGAUUAUGAAUCUAUCUGGAGGGAGCACUAUCCUGAUAGUGAGGAGGAGGAGGAUAAGUUAGUUCGUCAAACCUUACUUGUUUCAGCUGGAGAAACCUGCAGGGGUAAGCUGGGAGAAGUUUGGUGUCGGACUAAAGCUGAGAUAGAUUCAUUACAUGUUCUCAACCGUGAACUUAUAGAAAGACAAGAGAAGAUAGGAGAGUUGGUUGAGAUGAUGAAGGAGAAGGAGGAGGAGGUUGGCAAAGCUCUCUCUACUCUCAGGGUUAUGGAGGAGCUUAUGACUGAGGUUCAAGGUCUCCGCAGUCAACAGAUCUCAAGCAAGGACGGAGAAAAAAUGAUAUUUACAGAGUCUGCUUGUCAGGACCGGAUACUGGAGACAGUGGCUGAAGAUGAGGCAGUUAAUGAUUCAAUUUACGCUCUAGGCCGAGCUCUCAAGGCAGGACAAGUCGGAGCAGAACCCUAUCUCAGGGCGGUUCGUGAUCUCUCCAGGGACCAAUUUGAACUCCGACUCCGAACCAUCAAACUUCAACAGAGAGAAAGACAAGCACUCCGACAAAAGGAAGAGAGGGAUAAAACAGAUAUUGGAACUAAACUUGAAGCAAGCAUCUCAAAAACUCCGGUACCUAGCGGCGAGACAAGCAAAUUCUCAGAUAAGAAGGACGGAACCCAAACCAAAGAUAAAACAAUAUUGAUCUCAUACCAUACCAGAGACCACGGAGGAACAUGUUUACACAAUCACGUUUCAAAACCAUUUAGGAAACAUGAGGAGCGGAGUGCGGAGACGAAGUCGGAAGGAUCAAGUGUAGAACGGAAAAAAGAAGGACGAAGCACGGAAAGGAAAUGCGAAGGACAAAGCUCAGAAAGGAAAUCAGAAAGAUGUAAGGUGGACAAGAAAUGUCAGGGUCACAGUGUGGGAAGGAAAUGUGAAGAGCGGUGCUCAGAAAGGAAAAGAUGUUGUCUAGAAAGGAAGAGGGUAGGAAGGAGUGAAGAAAGGAAAUCGAAAACAAGAAGUGCUGAAAGAAAAAUAGAAGAAAAGGGCGCAGAGCAGAAAAGGGAAGGACGGAGUGGAGAACGAAAGGUCGUAGGCCAAAGUGCUGAACGAAAAAUCGUAAGCCAAAGUGCUGAACGAAAGGUCGCCGGGCAUAGUACUGAACAAAAGGUUGAAGAAACAAAGAAUGGAGGAAAGAAAACUGAAUGUUUAAAGAUAGAUCGGAUUGAGAAGAAGAAAAAUCCGUAUAAAGAUGUAUCCAAGCAACUAGAAACCCUAGCAACGAAGCAAAUAAACAAACAAAGAGUGAGAAUUGCAAAUUCAUAUUUUAAAGCAUAAUAAUGUAAAUUUAAUAGCUUUCAUAUAACCUUUUUACCCUGCUAGUUCAGUGUACUAUUUUUGUGUGCUCCGAGUAAAUCUCUUAAAUCGUCUAAGGUCCGAAUUACUUGCCUCAAACUCCUAUUUCUUAAUAGUGAGAUAAAUGAGAGUUUAUUGCGAGUAAUCAGUUCCUUCAGGAAAGCUCUACACAUUCGUUCAAUUAAAAUAAGAACUUUUUACUUUAUUCCACGUGCUGUUAACGAUAUAACUCACACUGCCAUUAUUUAUAUAACAGUAAACUGUAAAUGGACUGUAGACGUACAGGGUGUCCCAAUAAACAUGGGAAUUCAGUGACGAAUUCGAUAUCGUCUUUUUAAUAAGUCUUUGAUUUAG